AAGGCAAAAACUGGGGAUAUUUUUGGGGAUUUCUGAAAUAGAAAGAGCAAAAAUGGAAGCUUGAUUGCCAGAAGGCCCGGAAAGAUGGGUUCAGCUGCAGUUCCUUCCAAUCCGACGUUUCCUCGUAGGAUGGGGCCCUCGACCACCAGCAUCAUCACCAGCGCCACUGCUCUCCGCCUCGGUAACUUCCUCCAUCGCCGCCUUCGCUUGUCGUGCCUACUCCGCUCCUCCUUCAAGAAUAUUUGUCUUUAUGCUCGUCCUCCCGCGUUCAAACUUGAAAGUUUCGAUCUUCUUCACGGGUCGCAGAAUUUUUUGGCCACCACUUGUUUGAGCUUUUCCCUUUUCAAUGGAGAUGGAAAUAGAAACAAUUCCAGAGAAACUGGAAAGUCACCUGGCCAUUUCGUAUUUAACGACAGGAAAUGGACCAAUCUUCUUUUAGCCAUCAACAUAUUAGCUUAUAUUGCUCAAGUUGGAACAGAAGGGAAACUAUUAUCUUGGGGAGCUAAGAUCAAUAGACUAAUAGACAAAGGAGAAAUAUGGAGGUUGAUUACUUCUUCAUUCCUGCAUGCAAAUCUUGGGCAUCUUCUGGUCAAUUGUUAUUCCUUAAAUUCUGUUGGACCCGUCAUUGAGAAAACUAGUGGUUCUAAACGAUACAUUGCUGUUUAUAUGAUCUCAGCAGCUGCGAGUUCAACAUUUAGUUACUGGUUCAGCAAAGCACCUGCGAUUGGUGCAUCAGGGGCUAUCUUUGGACUUGUUGGAUCUUAUGCUGUGUAUGUCUUGAGACACAGAGGUAUCCUCAAGGGAACUGAAGGGAAGUUGAAAUAUAUAGCACAAGUAAUUGCUAUAAAUAUGACCAUUGGGCUUCUAUCACAAGGCAUUGAUAACUGGGGACAUCUGGGAGGUUUGGUAGGAGGAGCUGCAGCUUCAUGGCUCCUUGGUCCAGCAUGGAAACUCGAGUCUGUUAGAAAUGACGGCCGAGGAGUCUUGACUGACAAGGCACCAAUUUUCUCCCUCAUCAAGUGGAGAAAACCUUAGGCGAUCUUGAUAAUCAACUGAUUUUUCGGGCUUGUUAAAGAAACAUGUCGCUAUAAAUGUUAUACUAUUUUGCAAUUCCUAGUCUAUUGGCUGUAUUACAGUUGUUUACUUGUUUUCCUGCUCUACCUGAAAUUACUUGGUCAAAACUUUGCAAACGAAAAACAAACAUAUUUUUCCUUCUCAAUCCAUAAUAUUAAUGAAAUGAAUUUGCUUGACCAAAA